CGCGCGUCCGUUCACGAGAAGCACUACGAAGUCUGCGCGCCUCGCACUGCCCGCUCAUCGCACUCGACGUCUGGCGCGACUGGCGUUUGCAUUUUCUUUUUAUUCAUUACUCAUUUACGGGGACACAACGGAGGACACCCAUGGCGAGUUUGGACUGUCUGGAAGAGCGAGUUUCUUUCGAUUUGCUGCUCUUCUCUCAGACCCCGGACACACUGACCACUUGCAGACUCUCGCAGCAACGGAGCUCUGCUCUGUUAAUUUUAAAGUAUGAUACUACUGGGGAAACAAUCCUUUUUCCUACUACAGGUACAGCAGUCAGAGAACCAGUGGAGGAUACUGACCCUAGCACUGUAGCUACUGAAAUGUCUUUACCAUCAAAGUUCCCAGUUCAAGAUACAGGUACACCCAAAGCAGACACCUUUGCUAUUACAAUUGACACAGUGGAAGAUAGCCCUGGAAAUCUUAUGUCUAACAGAAUAAGGCAGCCUGAAGAUAACAGUGAUAUCUAUAAAUCCCCUUUAUCAACAGACGAGAGAACCUGUGAGAACUGCACCUGUUCUAUGUCUUCUGUUCCUCCGCCAAUGAUCAGUGACCUAAUGAAUGAUGAAGAUCUUCUGUAUAAGCUGCGGCUAAAACUGGAUACAUACCAUCCAACUGUCAAAAACUGGAGGAACUUUGCCAGCAAAUGGGGAAUGACCUAUGAUGAACUUUGCUUUUUGGAAAACCGUCCACAAAGUCCAACCGUGGAGUUCUUGUUACGGAACAGUGAAAAGACAGUUGAUCAGUUGAUUGAUCUAUGCAAAUUGUACAGGAGGAUUGAUGUGCUAAAUGUGCUGCAGCACUGGGUAAACAAGGACUGGCCAAAAAGGUGCCUUCCAACCCAUUAACUCAGAAUGCAGUGAACAUUUUAGUAGUUCUUGUUGACUGUUCAUUUUCAAUUAGG